AUGGACAGAGAAAGGCCGCAGAUCAUCUAUGCCCUCGUCAUCCGAGGACAGAGAGUGGUUCUGGCCGAGUACACUGCUUUGGCGGGCAACUUUCAGCAGGCCACCAUCCAGAUCCUCCAGAAGCUGGAGAGCACCCAUGAAUGGAAAUCUUACAUUUACGGCGAGUAUGCCUUCCACUACAUCGUGGACCAAUCCCUGAACCUGUGGUUCGUGUGUAUGGCGGAGCGACUCCUGGGCCGGCGCAUCCCCUUCGGCUUCCUGCAAGCCGUGCAGGAUGGGUUCCUGGAAGCGUACACGGCGGAGCAGGUGGAGAGCGCCAUCGCCUACGGGAUGCAGGAGAACUUCCGAGAGCGGCUCCGGGAGCUCAUGGAGAGGUACAACUCCCAGGAUGUGGACCGCGUGCAGUCCAUGAUGGCCAAGGUGCAGCACAUCAACGACCACCUUAUGGACAGCAUCGACAAGAUCCUGGAGCGGCAGGAGAAGAUCGACUUGCUGGUGCAUCGCAGCGAAGUUCUUUCAGCGUCCGCCAGCAGCUUCCGCCGGGAUGCCGAGCACCUGCGCCGUCGAGUUUGGUGGCAGAACGCCAGGACGAUGGCCGUGAUGGCCUGUGUCCUGGUCAUUGCAAUUCUGGUAGUGGUGCUGGCGUCAUGCGGCUUCUCUUUCUCGCAUUGCUGA